AUGACUCUGGGGCCCAAGCUGCGUCACACUCUAAACAUGCCCACUUGGCCGACUGAGCUCUGCCGCUCUUCCUCCUCAUUUUCAACUUACACGACGCCCUUCAGGCAGCAACCGGCUUGGUUGAAAACUCUAGUCACAGAUCAGGCGUCUCCACCCACCUUGUUUGCCUGGACGCCCGAAAAUCUCGAUCGGUGUGCAACUCAUCUCACCCCAGCUACUAGCCUCGCCUGCAGCAGAAACGACCUGGAUCGACGCAUAUUCAUCCUUGGGGUCGGUAACAUUGGAAAGCUUUAUGCGACUUACCUAGCAAAGCAAUCGAAGCCUCCGCCCAUCACGCUCGUGGUGCACAGGAAAGAACUUCUCGCGCAAUGGGCUCAGAGCGAUGGUGUCGAGCUCCUUCGUGAUAGCGUGGUCAUUAAGAACAAGGAUUUCGACAUUGAGUGGUGGACUAGAACUGCCCCGGACCAUGGCCCUGUACGGGAGGUGGCGGAUGGGAAAAAGCUGCGCAACCUCUUCAUAUCGACCAAGGCAUCGGCCGCCAUGCCAGAAGCAGAUCGACUCCGAGGAUACCUGGAUAGGCACAGCAGCGUUGCGUUUGCCCAGAACGGCAUGUCUAAGCUCUGGCCGCCGCAUGGCCAGGCAUAUAUUGCCAGUCGAUAUGCGGCAGGCAACGCCCCCAGCUUUCUAGCUUGUGUCGUUAAUCAUGGCGUGAUGUCCGCGGGCUCUUUUGAGAGCGUACACACGGCUCCUGCAGACGCGUCCAUCGGCCCGGUGCUCCUCAACCCGCAUCCCCCUUCCAGCGUUGAGUAUCUCAUGACGCAAGUCACCACUGCGCCACUUCUGAACUCCAGGUCGGUUUCUUCGGGCGAGCUCUGGGUACUACAACUCGAAAAACUUGUCAUGAAUGUCAUCAUAAACCCCAUAACAGCGCUGUUGCGCUGCAAGAACGGCGAGCUCUUUGCCGGUGGUGAUCUGAAUAACCCCCUCGGGCUAGUACUGGACAGGCUGCUAGCUGAAACGAGCGCAACCAUCCAAAGCCUUGUAAAACACGAAAGUAGUGCUGCUAUUCUCGCCUCAUAUACCCGUCCAAGUCAGCCUUCAGAAUCAGAGAACCCCACGGAGAACGCUCAAAGGCUGCGAGAGGCGCUUGGGGAACGAUUUUCUAUGCCUUAUUUAAAGAAGAAGCUGUAUGAAUUUGGUGCUCUAGUUGGUGAAAAUAGUAGCUCUAUGCUUCAAGAUGUCGAGGCCGGAAAACCAACAGAGAUCAGAGAUUUCAAUGGUUGGAUAGUUGACACGGCAGCAUUCCUGGAUCAGCAAGUGGAUGUCUCAGCUCAUCGCGCUCUUAUAGAGCUUGUAGAGGGCAACGAGAUUUUGACCAAGGCCGAACUGGCGAGAAGGCUUCUCUAG